AUGUUUAAAGAACCAAAUAAUAAAGAUAAAACCAGUGAAAUUGAAUGUAAAAUAAAGGAAAAUGAAUCAUCAUUCAAGUGUGAUGGUGAUAUAAAUUUUUGGAAUUCUGCUGCUGCUAUUUGUGUUUAUCAAUCAAACAAAAUUGAAAAUAUAAACCACACAAUUGAGGAAACAACCGAAAUGAUUCAAAACUUUAUUGGUAAUGGUACAAGUUUAGAUUCGGGUGCAUUGAAAACAAGAGAUCAUACAACAUUAUGUGGUAUUGAAAGAAGUGUUUCUUUUUUCACAAAGACAUGA